CGCGGAGCCAAUAGGUGGAGACUGCGCGAAGCACGCCGGGAUGAUGGAGAAUUUUUCCGCUCUCUUCGGAGCGAGCGAACCUCCUCCGCCAGUCGCGGCUGCUGCGCUGGGCUUCGGCCCGGGGAAAGCGGGCGGGCCCGUGACGGGGCCCUCUCCCGUGACGGCCGUGGCUCCCAUCGGAGAAGAGGCGGCGCGCAAGGCCGCGGCCGCCAGUGGGCCCUUCUACCUCAUGCGGGAGUUGCCAGGAACCACUGAACUCACAGGAAGCACAAACCUGAUUACCCACUACAACCUGGAGCAUGCUUACAACAAAUUUUGUGGGAAAAAGGUGAAGGAAAAGCUCAGUAACUUUCUGCCAGACCUGCCAGGGAUGAUUGACUUGCCAGGAUCUCAUGACAACAGCAGCCUGCGCUCCCUCAUUGAGAAGCCUCCCAUCUGUGGAAGCUCAUUCAACCCCAUCACUGGCACAAUGCUAACAGGAUUUCGGCUCCAUGCAGGACCGCUGCCAGAACAGUGUCGCUUAAUGCACAUCCAACCACCUAAGAAAAAAAACAAGCACAAACACAAGCAGAGCCGUACCCAGGAUCCUGUCCCUCCAGAAACACCCUCAGAUUCUGACCACAAGAAGAAAAAGAAGAAAAAAGAGGAUGAUCCUGAGCGAAAAAGAAAGAAGAAGGAAAAAAAGAAAAAGAAGAAUCGGCAUAGCCCUGAACACCCAGGAGUGGGCAGUUCUCAAGCCAGCAGCAGCAGCAGCCUCCGAUAAGAGUCCUACCAAAAAUUCCAGUGAGGAGAAUGCUCCAGGAAGGUACUAACAAGGAGGAUUGGCUUAGAAGGAAGAGCAAUAAUGUCGGAGCCACUGUUAACUCACAUGCUUCCUUUGUGCUGGGUGAUCGUUUUGGGAGUCCACUGGUCUCAGUAUAGUAGACACGGACUUUGCCUUGGACUUGAUGCAAGCUGGUGUCUUUAUAUGGGAGCUCUGAUAACUAUUUGAAGGGGUUUUUUUGUACAAAACUAUCCUGACUUCAUUUGGGAUAUUUCUGUUUCACGUUCUCAUUAAAUCUCUCUUGGAGGAGAUGGUUUUGAUUUGCAGGAGUCUCGAACUCUGGAACUUCACCCCCACCCCAUCCCCCCACACACAUGUUGUGGGCUUGCAACCAACUCUGUGGGUGAUAGAUGAUGUGCAGAUUCCAGAGUGGUUAUUGUGGUGGGGCAUUGCCUGAGGCUGGUGGAUAGGCCAGCAGUCUGCUCUGUUGAGGCUUUGUGAGGUAAGUGUAGAAGCAUGGAAUGUUUAAACUGGGAAUAGAAAGAAUACAAGGUUGAGUUUCACCUCCCAGCUUUUACAGCUAAAAAAAAAUUGACCAAAAUUCCUUUAUCAGUGGAACAUGUCGAGAGUUGAGCAGCUAAACUGUGAAUAUAAUCUGUUUUGGGAUUCUUUCCCCUAAGGACCUACUUAUUGAGUGAAGGCUUCUUAGUGUGUUCCUUAAUAAGAGCCAAGUUUCUAUCUUUGCCAAUAGAUGGAAGAGAUCCUCAACAGACUUAAGCUGAAAAGAUGAAGGCCUCUUCCAUUAAUUCUGAACAAGGCAAAUACAGAUCAUUUAUCUGAUCUAUCCCUUCUGUAAUAUUUUUAUCUAUUACUACCUCAUUGUGAACACUAUGGCAAAGAUUGUUACUUUAAUUUUCAGAUAGUUGUCUUUUCUGUUUCUGUCUUUCUUCUAAACUACACAGAAAGUAAUGACAAGCUUGGCCCUUAGCAGCAACUACUGUGUGGCAGAUAAUAAAGGAACACAGAACCCAGUGUCACAACUGCCUCUCCUUGUCUCAAGGGAGGGCCAUCCCACCUGCUUGAUACCAAGACUGGAAUGAGGCUGUGUCUAGACUUUGAUCACAAAAUCUCUUGUGGACAAUUUAAACAUAGCAUGAAACCUCCUUGACCCUGUAGUGGGGUGGAGAGUUCAGCAUUCAGGCUGUGACUUGGCAAGUAGCAACUCUACAAAUCAACUACAUUGCUCAUUAUGCUUUCCUUCUUCACUGCUAACAGUUGCUUCAUGGGAAUGUUUUCUAGCAUUACGUAGAACAAAAGUUUUAAGGUGUUGUGGACUGAAUCCAAAUUCUCCCAACAGCCAUUACUUACAAAUAAGACAUUUGGAAAUCUGCCCAGAGAUCACCCCGUCCGGUUUAGCUUGUCAUUUUUCAUGAAGCUGAGCUGAUGAGAGGCAGAAAAGUAAAUGAAGAUGUUUUGGCUUACAUUAUUAUUAAAUGGUUUUAAAAUGCUUUGCUCUGUAUUUUUACUCUCUCUUAGGCUGUCUUGUUUUUAGAGGCGGGUGUGCUUCAUCCUAAAGGAAUGCAUUCCAUGCAGUGGAGCAAUUCCUACACCUACUCGAUUUCUCUUUGUUGACUUCCAUGUGCUUCGUUGCUAAUUGACUAGGACGAGAGGAAGAAAUAUUUUUUGCAAUGAAUGCUUAUUGUGAAAAAUUAUUGAGUGCAGAGUAUAUAUAUAUUUAAACUAGAGCUACUUAUCCAAAUAUGUCCUUUAAUAACUAGCUAGAUGCAAUGAUAUGGACAGGUUAGGCGUGGGAAUAAAAACAAUGUAAGAGUCUUGUUUCAGGUGAACAGACUGAAAGGAAAGCAUUGAGUUCUCAUUCCCUGCACCCAGCAUUACAUGGAUGGUAAAAUAUUUAAGCAGUGGAAAGUUCAUUCAGGUUCGUAAAUACUUAAAUGUAGAGAUUUGGAAAUGUAGAGUAAGGCAGUAAUGGACUGAAUUGCAGCUGGAUUGUGUCAUCUUUAGAUCAGAGCUAUGUAUAUUUCCAUUUUAAAGCUUUCUGAUCAUUGGACUUGCAAGGCAUAUUCAUGUGGGCUGUAUUUUGACAAGUCAUAAAUAAUAGCAAGGUGGCUGUUGGAUUUAAGUAGAACUGCCAAUUCCCCAAUCCAAGUGCAUUUUGUGGUCCACUGCUGCUACUGUCCUGCCUGAAAAAAUGCAAAAUACACGUAAUGGAAAUACAAGUGUAUUUAUCUCUCAGAAGUUAUCUUUUCUUGCUUGAAAAAAAAUCUGCAAUUUGAGAUAUGUUCCUUGCAUAUGAUACCCCAAGAAAAUCUCUUUAUAAUGCACUCUCUACCAGAGUGCUGCUGCUCCAUUCCUCCUGGAGAAAAUGGGAGCAGGAAUGUCCUUCCCUUUCUGGGUCACAAGCUACAUCCAUCAAACGUUUACUAUUCAGUGGUUUUCAACCUGUGGAUCCCCAGAUGUUUUGACCUUCAACUCCCAAAAAUCCUAACAGCUGGUAAACUGGCUGGGAUUUCUGGGAGUUGUAGGCCAAAAAUCCUGGGGACCCACAAAUGGAGAACCACUGGUUUACAUAGAAAGGUCACUAUCAACCAACACUUGGCACAAGGUGUUUGAGCCAAACCAUUACUUUCUGUGGCUACUGCAGUUGUCUCAGUUGAUGUGUUUCCAAGAUUUAAAUAUGUAUCUUACAUCUAAAAUAUGCACAACUAUAUGUUUCCUGUCGUAGUCACUGCGAAUCGUACAUUUGGUAAUCUCUGCGCCAGCGCAGCAUCGCUCGGAACCUUCUGAAAGCAAAAAAACUGACAGUUAGACCCCUGGCCACGCCCCCUUCUCCUAGUAUAAAUAGCCCGUGGGCGGGGCCAGCCGUCAGUUCUCUUCAUCCGCGCUAUCAAGCAGCUGGAGAACCUUCUGCUCUUGCGAGCUAGAUUUACAACUGAUCAGAGAAUUAUCCUGUUCUUCAACUAGUGCCUACAAUAUGGCGACUAAUUCUUUUAAAAAGUGUACCAGAUGCCCUAAUAUUUUACCGGACAAUGAUGGGCAUGAUCUUUGCCUCGCCUGUCUGGGUGAGGCACAUUUGUAUCAAUCCUGUUCGGUCUGCCAAUCCUUCACUCCACAGACCACAAAAAACAGGAUUUUGAGAUUAAAAGCGGCACUUUAUGAAAAGGCCCUUAUACCAUCUACUGAUCCGCUUAAUAUUGACCAACCGCAAACCGGAGCCGUAAUGGCACACAAAAAGAAGGUGAAGAAGCCCAAGGAAAAGGGGGCUCAAGAUGGCUGCUUGACCGUUACCAAGAGAACGGCCGUUGCUGGAGCGGCGGGCAGGUCGUUAAAUGCCCAUCAUGUCUCGGGUUCUGCUUCGAGACCGAAAGAGAAGGGCAGAGAGCUCCCCCUGGCGGGCGAGAAAAAUAUUACAACACCAAUUCAAGAGAGGCGCGAGGGGGAAUCGAGGUCGGCUAAACUCACCCCGCCGAUGCCGAUUCUUGUGCCCAAUCAGCCCCCGCCUUCGGUGUUUUUGAGUUCCUUGGCCUCCUGUGCUGAAACGCCCUCUCUACGACCUCCAACAACAGCCGAGGCGCGGAGAGAGGCGCUUGCGGCAGAAGACCCUUUGUCCGUCCCUUCUUCCACUGCCGCCGAGAUCGAGCGCGGCGAAGGGGCGGGGCGUAUUGGCGCGGCCCAACCUACUGCUGUGACAUCAUCAGAGGAGGAUGGGCGCGCAAAAGAGACUCCGCCUCCCGGUAUCGAGGCUAAUGAAGGAGGGAGACAGCUGAGUAUAGCUCCUCCCCGAAUGGAGGGGGCUCUUCCCCCUCCCAAUCCAGCUGGCUUAACGCCUGUUCCGACAUCUAUGCUUACUGAAGGACUCUGAAGGCGUGCUUCGAGGAGAGGGAGCAAGCGCCCUAGACGCUCCAGAUCUCCUUCGAGGCACAGUACAAAAUCACAUCGAUAUCGAGCGGCUUCGAAGCGGGGGUGCCAUGGGCAUUCCCGCUCUGCUUCAUCAUCAUCAUCUUCAACAUCGUCGUCCUCAUCCUCGCGCUCCCCUUCUCCUCCUUUAAGAAAAUCUAAGCACCACAAACGUCACAGGCGACACUUCUAUCCUUAUCCACCUUAUUGGGGCCGUCCUCCUAUGGGUUGCUACCCUCACCCAGAAUGCUGCCAGGGAGGACAUGUUAACCAUGAGAUGCCCAUGCACACUAUUGAUUCUAGGGGGCACAGACAGAGCUCUCUGCAACACCGUGGUGUGGAAAACCAUGAAAUGGAUGUGCACCCUGCUGAUGUAAGGGGCCCCUCUACAUCUUCAAUUACUACUGCCAGGCCUCAUUAUGUGACGCAUUAUAUUCAAGAUGCUCAGGGCCACUCUGCAUCUUCCUCUGUGGGCAGCGCUCCUUCUCAACACUCUAUGAACAUCCCUGCUGCUGGAAUGGCCGCUUCAAGACCAUCAAGUACAGCUCCCAUCAAUGAUAUACAUGAAGAUGAACCUAUAUCUGCUCGUGCACAAGGUGAUGCAACCCCGCAGGGUCCAGACUCUGUUUCUCAAACUGAGGGAGUUGAACAUUUGCCCAGGCAUGUGGACAGUUCAUCGGAGGAGUCUGAUGUGCCUGAUUAUCUCUGUCUAGGGGACAAUGACAAUACUUCCCUUGUGCAGUCUGCUGAGAUUAAUAAAUUUAAUGUCUUCAUAGGGAGGAUGAUUAAAGCUUUAGAUCUACCUGCUCCAAAAGCAUCGGAGCAUGUAGACGAUCCCAUGUUUCCCUCUGAUGAGCAGGUGUCAUUACCUACUACUAUUCUGCCAGUAUUGCCCUACUUACUGAAGUUAGCACGUGUAGUAGAUACAUCUCCUAUGUUAGUGCCUGCGAUACCGAGGAGGUUGGAUGUGCUAUACAAGAUUGACGUCUCUUCUAAUAAGUGGGUGGUUAUUCCCCCAAGACCAAACACAGUUGUGGCGGAAGUCGCUAAAACAAAGCGGCCAAAGAACACACUUACCAGUCCUCCUGAUAAGGAGGGAAAAAAGAUAGGAUACUUUGGGCAAAAAGGCACAUCUAUCAGCAGGCCUUCUUACACGCAUGGCACACUAUGCAACUUAUCUAAGUGGCUAUCAAAGUUUUUUGUGGGCAAAAAUGUUGCCUUAUAUUGAGAUGCUCCCUACAGACAAACAGCAUUUCCCGAGAGCGUUACAGGCCGAGGCCGUUGGUUUGUCAAGGGUUCAAAAGGAUUUUGCAAAACAUCUUGCAGAAAUGGCGGGCAGCUUGUAUUCCACGGCGACGUCAUGCGUGGUUACGCUCUGCUAAUUUAUCAGAGGAAGGUAGAGCUUUGGCUGAAGACCUUCCCUUCCAUGAGGAGGGGCUCUUUAAUCCGGAGACGGAUGUUAGGAUUAAAGAGAAACAGGAUGUGAGGCAGGCGGCGAAUAAGUUUGGAUAUACUUGGCAGCCGUUCUCUCAACAGAGACAGUGCUGGCACCCAUAUAAUUCAAAUUUUCGGAGAAACCCGGGGAACUCGUUUUUUGGCCAGAAUAGAAAUCGAAAUUACUCCAAUAAUAGGUAUCAAUCGGGGAAGAGAAAUUCCUACUUCUCUAGAUCGAGAUCCCAAAACUGGUCCAAUAAGGGGAAACCACAGGGAAGUGCUAAGAAGCGUCUUUGACGUUACAAACACCAAUCUAGCAGAUGUUAGUUUUCAGGAUAUCAGUGCAGUUGGGGUUAAUGUGUCUUCUACUGUUCUUGUUGAGUCUGUUUCACAAGCACCGUUGUUUGGUGAUAGACUAGCAGCUUUUUAUGAUAUGUGGGCUCGUAUCACCACUGAUAAGUGGGUGUUAUCCAUAGUAGCCCAAGGUUAUUUUAUUGAGUUUUUAGACCUUCCAAGGGUGGGUCAUGUUCGUUAUACUCCAUUCUCCCAACCGUUAUGGGAGGAAGUUCAGAUGUUACUAAGUAAAGGUGCUAUCUCUCCCCUCGCUGAUGAUGUUUUGUCACGGUGUUUUUUCUCUCGUUACUUCCUUAUUAAGAAAUGCAGUGGUGGCUUGCGGCCUAUUUUGGAUCUGAGGGCUUUAAAUAAACAUGUUAUACCAAAAAAGUUUCGCAUGGUUACUCUCAAUUCCAUUAUGCCCCUUCUUUACAGAGGGGCCUGGUUUGCCACCAUUGAUAUCAAGGAUGCCUAUUUCCAUUUAUCCAUUGCUAGAUACCAUCAGAGAUACCUUGCCUUUAUGGUGGGGCGCACCGCUUAUUGUUUCAAUGUGUUGCCUUUUGGCUUGUCCUCAGCCCCGAGAGUUUUCACGAAAUGUAUGUCCGUGGUAGCAGCUUACUUGCACACAAAGGGAAUUUCAGUUUACCUUUACAUAGAUGACAGGCUAGUCGUGGCCGAGUCACAUGUCCAGCUUAAUUCUCAACUUUCUGUCAUUUUGCCUUUCAUACAGUCGCUAGGACUCGUGAUCAACGAGGAAAAGUCGGCACUGAUCCCGUCUCAGCGAAUCCAAUUCAUAGGUGCCCUCUUGGAUUCCACCACCGAGAGGGCCUAUCUGCCAGAGGACCGGUUUGCAAACCUCCAAGGCCUGGUCAGACAAGCUGCCCAUGCUCCUUUUAUUACAGCCAGGCAGGUCCAGACUCUGUUAGGCCACAUGGCUUCUGCAACUGCUGUUAUUCCGUAUGCGAGGUUGCGCAUGCGGCCGCUUCAGUCAUGGUUCAUAUCGGUUUACAACCCUAUCAUAGACAGCCAGGAGAUCCAGCUCUCUAUUCCCGAGACCAUCCGCAAGUCGCUACGAUGCUGGGAGGACAGGUCUUGGGUGUGCAAGGGAUACCCUUUUCAUGCCCCCAGACCAACAUGCACAGUCACUACAGAUUCCUCCCUUUCGGGAUGGGGUGCUCAUACUCAGGGUCUCACUGCUCAUGGAGAAUGGUCAGAAGGAGAAAGAACAGCUCACAUAAAUCUUCUCGAGCUUCUGGCAGUAGACAGGGCUUUAAAAUUGUUCGAGAGGGUCGUACGAGGUCAAACCAUCCAGAUUCUCACCGACAACACCACAGUUAUGUUCUAUCUGAACAAACAGGGAGGCACACAUUCUCUUCCCCUUCUGGAUCUCACUCUCCAGAUAUGGGAUUGGUGUCUGGAGAGAGGGAUUCAUCUAAUGUGUGCCGGGAGAGGAGAACACACUAGCGGAUUCGCUCAGCAGGAAUCCCCUGUCCAACCACGAAUGGUCCCUCAAUCGAGAGGAAUCAGACAGGCCUUUUCAGGCAUGGGGACUUCCAGAAGUAGAUCUAUUCACGACCCGGACCAAUGCCAAAUGCGCCCUCUUUUGCGCACGGAAACGUGCUUCCUUACAGGAAGGAUGUCUGGGGGACGCUUUCCUACAGGAAUGGACGGGUCGCCCAAUGUAUGCUUUUCUGCCCUUUCACCUCUUACUGAAGGUGGUGGCAAAGAUUCAGAGGGAGAACUCACGCUGCAUUCUGGUGACCCCAUGGUGGCCAAGGCAGCCUUGGUUCUCCCCUCUUCUCCGCAUGUCCCAGAGGGUUUUUUACCGGUUCCUGAACAGAGUAGACCUGUUGCCAACACAAGGGGGCCAGGUUCUAUAUCCAGAGGUGCAGAAGCUAAGACUGACGGCUUGGAGAGUCCAGCCGAGCCAUUAGUUCCUAUUUCGGCUCUGUCAAAAGAUAUCCAGGCUAUCAUCGAGGCAGCCCACAAGGCCUCAACGAGAAAAUCUUACAUUUAUAAGUGGUCAAGGUUCUGUACAUUUGUGAGAUCCAAGGGGGUAGAUCCUAAUACAGCUCCAAUUUCAGUGAUCCUGGAUUUCCUAGUGUCCCUUUCGGAUGCUGGGUUGUCUCACUCGUCACUGAAAUGUUAUCUAGCAGCGGUUUCAUGGUUCCGCAGAAAGAAGGGUCUUCCAUCUUGUUUCUCACACCCUUUAGUACGGAUGUUUUUGAAGGGAAUAGCAAACACUAGACCAUCAGUGGCCCCAAUACCUCCAGCAUGGAGCCUCGAAUUGGUGCUAUCUUUUUUGACUAAGCCACCAUUUGAGCCCUUAGCCACAACACACUUGUCGUAUCUGUCAUGGAAGACGGCGUUCUUGGUUGCUAUUACAUCGGCUCGACGUGCGAGCGAGCUGUGUGCUCUACGGGUAGACCCCCCUUAUUUUAGAUUGCAUAAGGAUAAGGUAGUGCUUCAAACGGAUGUAGCCUUUCUGCCCAAGGUCUCUUCUUUUUUCCACAUGUCCCAGGAGAUAAUACUCCCCUCCUUUUUCCAAUGUCCGUCCACACCCAUGGAACGUACCUUGCAUCUCCUGGAUGUCCGCAGGGCCUUAGCAUACUAUGUUGACAGGACGACGUCCCUUAGAAAAACUCCACGCUUGUUUAUAAAAUACCGUAAGGACAUGGAGGGCUUACCUGUGUCAUCCCAGAGAUUCUCUUCUUGGAAUGUGUCAACUAUUAAACUAUGUUACCACCUGUCUGGCAAGAACUUACCGUUGCAGGUCAAAGGUCACUCUACUAGAGUCAUGUCGACCACGACGGCCUUUAUGAGAGGAGUGCCUUUGGAGGUCAUCUGCCGAGCAGCCAUUUGGACUAAUCCUCUGUCGUUCGUGUCCCAUUACAAGCUGGACAUUGCCUCUAAGAGAGAUGCGGAUUUCGGCAGGGCUGUGCUGUUUUCGGCGGUGGCAUGACUCCCACCAUCCACGGUCAGUAGCUCGCUAAUCUACCAAAUGUACGAUUCGCAGUGACGACAGGAAAUUAGAAGUUGCUUACCUGUAACUAUAGUUUCCUGAGUAGUCACCUGCGAAUGUGUACAUACCCGCCCAUCCUCCCCUCAGGUGUCAUGCCGCGCCUUCCAGCUGCUUUGCGGUGGAAGAGAACUGACGGCUGGCCCCGCCCACGAGCUAUUUAUACCAGGGGAAGGGGGCGUGGCCAGGGGUCUAACUGUCAGUUUUUUUGCUUUCAGAAGGUUCCGAGCGAUGCUGCGCUGGCGCAGAGAUUACCAAAUGUACGCAUUCGCAGGUGACUACUCAGGAAACUAUAGUUACAGGUAAGCAACUUCUAAUUAUCUGUGGCUAGGAUCUAAAUCACUAUAAGCUGCCCUUGAUAAUAGUGGCUUUUUUUCUCCCACACUAUUUUUUCUUGAUUGCUUUCUAUAUGGCUGCAGUGUAAAGGCUCUAAGCUAAAUACAGAUGAAAUGGCUUUAUGUAGCUUGCUCUAUGCAGGUAUUGGGAGGCCUAAUUCUAAGCCUCUGCUUCAUUCUUCUUUCCUUGCACUUGCAGCUAAGAGUCUGAAACAAUCUAUAUUUAAACUACCACAGUAAUUAAAUUUACUAGAUUGUGAAAGCACAACCCAAUGUAAUUUCAGUGUGGCAGUAUUCUUGAAAAAUAGUAAUUGCAGUUUGUUUUAUUAUUGCCUUUGUUGAAUAUUUGGGCUUAUUGAAUUUCAAAGACACUACUAGUUCUGUAUUGUUUUAAUUCUCUCUCCCCAUUCUCAUCACAAAGAAUAAACUAAUAAAUGAGGGCAAAUUCAUACA